AUGGAGGAGCGCGGCUCUCCCGACGGGGACCCCGCCCGGAGCCUGGAACAAGGCCCAGAAGGGGCAGAAACGUCCAUCCAGGUUGUGCUCAGGGUGCGCCCUAUGAGCGAAGCGGAGCUUCGAAGGGGGGAACAGAGCGCCCUGCACUGCGCAGGGACCCGAACUCUACAGGUGAGCCCCCCGGGCGGGGGCCCUGACGUGGCGUUCCGCUUUGGGGCCGUGCUGGACGGGACACGCACGCAAGAGGACGUGUUUCGGGCUUGUGGCGUGCGGCGCCUGGGCGAGCUGGCCCUGCGUGGCUUCUCCUGCACCAUCUUCACCUUUGGACAGACUGGGUCUGGGAAGACCUACACCCUGACCGGACCUCCACCCCAGGGAGAGGGGGAGCCGGUCCCCCCUAGUCUGGCAGGCAUCAUGCAGAGGACCUUCUCCUGGCUGUGGGGCCGCGUGCAGCAGCUGGGGAGCCCUGCCACCCUCGGGGCUUCCUAUCUGGAGAUCUACAAUGAGCAGGUCCGGGAUCUGCUGAGCCUGGGGUCUCCUCGGCCUCUUCCCGUUCGCUGGAACAAAACUCAGGGCUUCUAUGUGGAGCAGCUGCGGGUGGUGGAGAUUGGGAGCUUAGAGGCCCUGAUGGGACUUCUACAGCUGGGUCUCAGCCGUCGGAGGAGCUCAGCACACACUCUGAACCAGGCCUCCAGCCGAAGUCAUGCCCUGCUCACGCUCUACAUCAGCCGCCAAACUCCCCAGCAGAUGCUUCGUACAGACACAGGGGAGCCCCCUGCUGGUGGGAAGCUGUGCUUUGUUGACCUGGCAGGCAGUGAGAAGGUGGCGGCCACAGGAUCGAGGGGGGAGCUGAUGCUAGAAGCCAAUAGCAUCAACCGCAGCCUGCUGGCCCUGGGCCACUGCAUCUCCCUGCUGCUAGACCCCCAGCGGAAGCAAAGCCACAUCCCCUUCCGAGAUAGCAAGCUCACCAAGUUGCUGGCUGACUCGCUGGGAGGACGCGGGGUCACCCUCAUGGUGGCCUGCGUGUCCCCAUCAGCCCAGUGCCUCCCGGAGACCCUCAGUACCCUGCGAUAUGCCAGUCGAGCUCAGCGAGUCACCACCCGGCCCCAGGCCCCCAAGUCUCCCAAAGCAAAGUGGCCUGAGCGUGUGGAGACGGAGAUGCUGCAGCUUCAGGAAGAGAACCAGCGCCUGCGGCUGCAGCUAGAGCAGCUGGACCCCAAGGCCCGUGGGCAAAGCGAAGCCCGGCUGGCCUGGGCCCAGCGAAAUCUCUACGGAAUGCUCCAGGAGUUCAUGCUGGAGAAUGAGCGGCUCAGAAAAGAAAUGAGCCAGCUACAGAAUAGCCGAGACCUGGCCCGGGAGGAGCAGCGCAUCUUGGCGCAGCAGGUACAUGAGCUGGAGAGGCGCCUUCUCUCUGCCCGCUACCUUCACCAGCCAGACCCCGGCCUGACCCCACCAUGUUCCUGCUGGAUGGGACCAACUCCUCCAUGUCAUGCACUGCCACCCCUCUGCUCCUGCCCUUGCUGCCACCUGUGCCCCCUGUGCCGAGCGCCCCUGGCCCACUGGGCCUGCCCACGUGGGGAGUGCCACCUGCCACAGGUGCUGUCCCCUGAGGCUCCCAGCAGCAACAUGCUCCUGUCUGGUCGGCCCCCACCCCGGGCACCACCGUGCAGCCCUGGCUCAGCCAAGUGUCCGGGCGAGAGGUCUCACAGAGACUGGAUUCAGACUCGAGCCCUGGCAGAGCUGCUGACCGAGGAGGAGGUGGCACCCUCUGCACCCCCACUGCCCGUGGAGCCCCCCGGCACUUCACCUGCCCUGAGAGGUGGGGCCACGGCUCCCAACCUGGCCCAGAGACUGGAGGCCCUGAGGCAGCAGAUUGGCAGUUCCCUGCGGCGAGUUCGGAGCCAACCACCUGCCCGCCAGGGUGCUCAGAGCUCCAGCCAAGGCCACCCAGCCCACUGA